AUGUCGGAAACCAAAUCCACCGAGACAAGGGAAAUGUGUACUUCGCCAACUCAAACAUGGUUCGAUCGAUUCUGUCUUAUGCAGAAACUUCAAGAUCCAAAGACUCAUUCCUCGUGGCAGAAACUUGUCAUUGUCUCGAUCGUCACUCUAUCUGCCUUCACCGCGCCCUUUGCCUCCUGCAUCCUCUUCCCGUCCUUCACCAUUCUCGUCGAUCAUUUUCAUACUACCGAGACCAAAGUCGCCUUAACAACGACUGUCUUCCUUCUGGGCUUAGCAAUCGCGCCGCUGUGGUGGAGUACCCUGAGCCAGGAGUACGGCCGCAGACCUGUGCUAGUAUUCAGCUUUCUGCUCUCAACGGUAGCUGUAAUCGUCUGCGCCGUUUCAAAUUCACUCCACAUGAUCAUCACUUUUCGUCUCGUCGAGGCACUCGGCUGUUCCUCUGCACAGAGUGUGGGGGCGGGUGUCAUUAGCGAUAUCUACAUUUCCACUGAGAGGGGCUCGGCACUAGGAUGGUUCUACCUUGGCACGUUGAUCGGACCUUUGAUUGCGCCCAUCAUUGGAGGUGCCCUUCAAGUUUGGCUUGGCUGGCGAGCACCGCUAUACUUCAUGGCCAUCUUCACCUUCAGCACUGCAAUUUUCACCAUGAUAUACCUUCCUGAGACAUUGUUCAAGGCUUCCGCUGGGGAUCAGGAGGGAAAGCUGCGGUGGCAUCAAAUAGCAAAGCGCGACAUUCUGGCCCCUUUACCGAAGUUGAAAUUCCUCUUGGUACCAUCAAUCGCCUUGACAAUUGCCUACGUGAGCAUCUGCUUUGCCAGUCUCUACUGUUUCAAUACGACUCUGCCUUAUGCAUACGCGGCGCCGCCCUACAAUUUUUCUGCUAUCGAAAUCGGACUCUGCUAUAUCAGCAACUGUCUUGGAUACGCGAUUGGAAGCAUUGUCGGUGGUAAAUUGAGCGACGCCAAGCUGCGCCAGUUCCAGCUUGCGCAUGGUGGAGAGAUUCGCCCUGUCGAAAGAAUCAAGACCGUCUGGUACGGCGUUGGUUUCGUCCCAGCUGGGCUGAUCAUCUACGGCUGGUUGGUCGAGAAACAAGUCUUCUGGGUCGCCCCUCUGGUUGGCGCUUUCUUGUUUGGACUUGGCCUCAUGCUUGUCACCUCAACUAUUAUGCCAUUCCUCGUGGACAUCAAACCGGGAGUGGGUGCUUCGGUUGUGGCUGAUUUGAACUUGGUUCGGAACAUUCUGGCCGCUAUUGGCACUGUUCUGUCGCCGAUUGCGGUUUCAAGUAUUGGGUUUGGAUGGUGGAUGACAAUUUUGGCAUUCUUGUGCUCCUUGUCUGUCUCUUGCAUUGUGAUUGUCAUCCGCAAGGAAGGAAUUGAAAGAAAGACGGCGGCUUUAGAAUGCCCAGCGUGA